AUGCAGAAAGUCUGGCGCGCAGCAGCUGAGACAUUAUCGUCUGCCGACUUCCUACUAAUCGCAACAGGCGCGGGCUUCUCUGCCGAUUCGUCAUUACCAGUAUACGCGGAUAUCGCCAAGGUGGAUGUUUACGAAAAGAUGAAUCUAGAAUACCACGACUUGUGUGAUCCAUACAUGUUAGAGCAAGACGAAGAGAUUUUCUACGGCUUUUGGGGUAAUUGCACGAAUUCCUACCGAGAUACAAAGCAUCAUAGUGGAUACCAGAUUCUACUUAAGUGGAGAAACGCACUUCGACUCAAAUCCAAAGCCAACAAAUUAGAUGGGACAAAGUCUAAAUUUCGAGCGACAUUUGAUCGCUUGAAAAACUGUCAAGCUCUGCCAGCAGAAAUUUCAGGAGAUUUUGUGACCAACGAUCCUUUUUUUCUUUAUACAUCAAAUGUCGAUUCACACUUUACGCGUGACUUUGACAGCAAAGAAUUAUAUGAACUUCACGGUAGUAUUGAAAGGUGGCAGUGUGCAGGUGAUGUCGAGACUGGUGCUAGAGAACCGUGUGAAAGGACGUGGAUAUUGCCUGCUGAGUUUCGCUUUGAUUUAAACGUGGCAACGAUGAAGGCAAAUGGUGCUGAAGCUACGACGUGCCCAGAAUGUGGGGGCAAAGGACGGCCAAAUGUACUGAUGUUUCAUGACAGACAAUGGAUAGCCAAUACUUUGGAAGAGAAAAGAUAUAUUGCGUGGGAAUCGGUGAUGGAGCAGAUGCUACAGGAAGAUCCAACAUUAAAUCUUGUCGUACUCGAAAUCGGCUGUGGAACUCGGGUACCAUCUGUUCGAAGAGAGACCGAGAUGGUAGUUGCUGACGUGAUUGAGAGCUGCGGGCGUCCGCAAGCGAAGCUUAUUCGAGUUAAUGUCGAAAAUCCAGCGUGCGACCACCCGAUGAUACUAGCUAAUGAUUGCUUUCUUCCAAUUCAAUCAUUAGGAUUAGUGGCGUUAAAAAGUAUCGACCUUGAAAUCGAAAAACUUCGAAGAUAG